AGCCGUUGCUGCGUGCAAUAUAUACAAGGCAAGCAGUUCCGGACCUUUGCAUUGGAGAGCAGUGUUAGCUAUAGCCUAUAGCUAGCUAGCGCGUCGUGCUCGUGCUUCGAUCGAAUGGAUCGCCGUGGCGCCGGGCCUUCCCUCCUCGCCAAGCUCGGCGUGGGCGCCCUCACCUGCAACUCCGCCCUGGCGGCCUACCGGUCGCGGCGGGACCCGGCCUCUCUCGCGUUCGUGGCCGCCGCCUACGCGGCGCUGCUGCUGCUCCUGCGCUCCCUGCGCGGGCUCGAGCGCGCGCCGCCGGCCGGCCGGGGCCGGGGCAGGGCCAAGGCGGCGGUGUGGGCGCUCUCGACGCUGCUCACCGCGAUGUUCGCGUCGCGCGUGGCCCCGCUGGUGCCGCCGGCGGUCGGGGUCGCCGUCUGGGUCAUGGCAGCCGCGACGGCCGGCGCCGGGUUCUGGGCCUUCUUUGUUGUUGCCUAGUACGAGUAGUAAGCAAAGACUUGGCUGGCUUCGAUGUCGUCGUGCGGCGGCUAGGGAUCGAGCUGCUGGUUGAUUAGAUGACGCAGUGGUGUACUUGUACCUGAUUUUGGUGUAACAAAAUGCGGCCAAUACAUGUAGUCGGUAACUUUCUUUUUAUUGUUGGCACUUCUUA